AUGGGGAAGGCAGACGAUGUUGUGGAGGAUGAAAGCGUCGACCUUGCAUGGCGCGUCGAGCUCUUGCGUGCACUGAUAACCGGGGACUUGCUCAAUGUGAAGCGCGUGAUUCGGCGUCACGUCGAGGCGAUUUCAGCUCCGUUCACGACUACCAUGCCAGCUUGGACGCUUCAGUGGGAAGGGAUGCACUGGUGGAUGCUGCGAGACUCGACUCCUUUAUUCGCGGCAAGUGCAUAUUCACGACCAGAAAUCGUGCACUGGUUGCUUCUCAAUGGAGCAGAUCGAUCAACUCCUUGCUACCUCAAGCAGACAGCAAUACAGAUUGUCGGCGAGUGUUGUGCUCACGCAGCUGCUCCUGACAGGACUCGCGACUCUAAAGCAAUUGCAGUUGACAAUACAAGAUGCAUUAGACUAUUGGUGGAGCCCCCUACACUACCAAAGCCACCAACGAUCGAGGUCUCCUUUUCCAGUAGUUACUCGUCCGAGGUGGUCAUCACCUCGACGUCCAAUAGAAGCUCAAUUCAGCAAACUGUGUACAAGUGUCUGCUCCGUGCUUCAUGGCAGACUCCGCUCUCCAACGGCGCCAUCAUCGACAAGUACGAGCUGCGAUAUCGUCGACUGCAGGUGGCGCACAAUCGCAAGUUUCGUCAGCAGAGUGCACUGCUAGAAAGACUACAGUUCAACACAGUCUAUGAAGUUAUGCUCCGCUCGUGGAAUGCUGCGGGCAAAGGCGAGUGGAGUCCCAGCUACCAGACGAAAACCCCCGCAGUACCGACGCGUUCAGCGGGUACUCGCUAA